AUGCCCGGAUCUCGCCACGAGGCGGACUGUCCAAGUGUGGAGACGCCAGCGAGAUUAAGUCGUCGAUACCACGGCGUUCAAGCCACGUCAAACCCCGACGAAACCAUUGCACAAAGGGACUCAGAUCCUCAUGAAUACACAAGCGGGCGAUGGCUUCACCGCAACAAGGACCAAACUGAAGCACGCUACAUUGAAUUCGAUUACGAUGCUCUUUGCAGAAAGGCUGUCGAGCAAUGCCCUGGUUCCCAUAGCGUCGCCGAGUGCAAGAAGAUUGAAGGAGGUUUCAACAGGGUCUUCCUGUUUACCAUGGAUGACGAACAGACUCUAAUCGCGAGACUACCCUUUUCUGUUGCCGGCCCACCUCGAUACGUUAUUCUCUCAGAGGUUGCCACCAUCGCUUACAUCAAAUCCAAAACAUCCAUCCCGGUUCCGGACAUCGUCUACUGGUGUGAUACCAGCUCGAACCCGAUAGGCACAGAGUAUAUUCUUAUGAAACCCGUGCCUGGCGUCCAGCUUCACGGUCGAUGGGAGACGAUGACAAGCUCAGAACAUCUCAGCUGCAUCGAGUCCAUUUCAGAGAUGAUGGCUCAGUUGACGGAGCUCGAGUUCCCUGCAUAUGGCAGUCUUUACUUUCCAGACGCUCCCAUUGCUGGACAUCUAAAAAGAGACUUUGCAAAUGGUUUUUGUGUGGGGCCUCACUGUGGUUCUACCUACUGGAACUGUGCACCUGGAGAAGCUUCUAUCUAUCGCCAGAACGAUGACCAGGGACCCUGGCCCGAUCUCUCUAGCUACUGCAAAGGCUUGGUUGCAUCUGCUCGCUCUCGCAUUCCAGAGUCUGCACCAGAAGAUCAACUGCCUUAUCAGGGCUCGAUCCAGGAACAUGCCAGAUUCGUGACAGAAUGUGAGACUGUUCUUUACGAACUUAUCGAGAAGCCCCUAGUGAAGGGCGUGGCAAAGCCAACUCUGCUGCAUGCCGAUCUGCACAAAAGAAACAUCUUCGUUUCCGACAACGAGCCCACCAAAAUCACUGGCAUCAUCGACUGGCAAUCGACAAGCAUCGAGCCAGCAUUCAUCUACGCCAACGAAACACCUGAUUUUGCAACACUUGUCGACGAUGUGCCCGGAACGGUAAAAGACUCACUCGAUCAGGCAACGCGAAAGCAGAAGCAAGAGGACAUCCAGGUGUGCGCCAAAUUCUUCGAAGCAUGGAUGAAGGCCAACGCCCCAAACAUCAGCAAAGUCCGCGCGAUUAAUGACACCAUCCUGCGGCCUUUUCGCCAUUGCAACACGUCAUGGAGGGACAGCAUUGCAGCUGUUAAAAGCGAUCUUAUCGACUUGGCAGGAGAGUGGAAUGCGCUAGGGCUGGUAGGUUCGUGUCCCUAUCAACCGACACAGGACGAACUUGCCAUACACGAAAAGAAUCGCGAAGAUUUCGAGUCCGUUCUGAGUCUGAAGGCUUGGCUCAUGCAGACUUUGGGCAUAACUUCGGACGGCUGGAUCCCUAUAGAUGAGUUCCCACUCAUCUUGCCCGCCUAUCGCGAAGCGUACGAGCAGUGGAUCGAGAUUGCCAGACAGGCCGAGGCCGCUGGCGACGCGGAAAUGUCGGUGGGAAAGGCGGACAAGCUGUGGCCGUUCGAUCAGCGGUAA